AUGCGCCUUUUAGAACGGAAAGACGACGGCGGCAUCCGCCUGACAGAGUUCUUUGGCGACGCCAUACCGCGCUAUGCUAUCCUCUCGCACACAUGGGGAGCAGACAGUGAUGAAGUCACAUUCAAGGACUUCAUUGAGGGCAUAGCCAUCGCGAAGGCAGGCUAUCGAAAAAUCCAAUUCUGCGCUGAUCAAGCUGCUCAUGACCACCUCCGCUACUUCUGGGUUGACACCUGCUGCAUUGAUAAGUCGAGCAGCGCCGAGCUUUCGGAAGCAAUCAAUUCGAUGUUUGCAUGGUAUCGCAAUUCCGCUCGCUGUUAUGUGUAUCUGUCCGAUGUUCCGACGUUGGCCUUCAAGGAGAGCCGAUGGUUUACGCGAGGCUGGACGCUGCAGGAGCUUCUUGCUCCAGACUCCGUGGAGUUCUUUUCUAAAGAGGGCCAGCAGCUUGGCGACAAACGUUCGAUGGUGAAAGAGAUCCACGAAAUUACAAGCAUUAGCGUUGAUGUUUUGCAUGGAAGGCCUCUAUCACAGCUUAGUAUUGACGAGCGCAUGUCUUGGGCGGCUAAGCGUCAAACAAAACGCGAAGAGGACGCGGCAUACUCGCUGUUAGGUAUAUUCGACGUACACAUUCCACUCAUAUAUGGCGAAGGUCAGAGGAAGGCGUUUGCUCGGCUCCAGAAAGAAAUAAGUCAAGACUCAAGCGGCCAGCGGCUUGCCGGCGGAACGACGAGCUUACAAUUCGGCUAUCAACCGACACAAGGUCAGUCUUUCUCCAACGUGCCAUUUGCCCCAGAUCGAGACUUCGUCGACCGGCCCGAUAUCCUAGCAUGGGUGCAUGAUAUGUGCGGACAGCCGGGAGCGAGGGCGGCUUUGGUGGGCCUGAGCGGAAUAGGCAAGUCGCAGCUCGCUAUACAAUUCGCCCACCAUAUCUACAAUACAUUGCCGCGCCCGUUCGUCUUCUGGGUACACGCCAGCACCCGCGCCUACUUUGAGGAAGGAUAUCAGGGCAUUGCCGACAGACUCGAGCUACCUGGGCGACUCGAACCGAAGGCAGACAUCCUGCAGCUGGUUAGCAAUUGGCUAUGUGACGAGAAGAACGGACAGUGGGUGUUAGUGCUGGACAGCGCCGACGACAAAGAGAUCUUCUUUCCGUCCCAACAGCAAGGACAAGAGAACGUCCCAGCAUCGCUAGCGGCUUACCUCCCUCAGCGCGGCUCCAUACUGAUCACCUCGUGCAAUGAGGAGGCAGCAGCCAGUCUGUCAGGCGGCCAUCAGUACAUCAUGAAGGUUCAGGCGAUGGACGAGAACCAAGGGCUGCAGCUCCUACGGAAGAAGCUCCGGCGCAACAAGCUGCAGGCUACAUCACAGGAAGAAGGCGCCGCAAAAGCCCUACUACGCGCCCUUGACUACAUACCUCUAGCUAUUACCCAAGCUGCUGCCUAUAUCAACCGGCAAGCGCGCAUGACAGUACCAGACUGCCUAGACGAGUUCAGGGCGAGCGAUAGGAAGCGCAAGAGCCUACUGCACUACGACGCGGGCGACCUUCGGCGUAAUAACGCGUCAAAUUCGGUGUUGACAACGUUGCAGAUGUCGUUCGAGCGCAUCCGCCAAGAGCGACCGUCGGCGGCCGAGCUGCUGUCGUUAAUAAGCUUCUUCAACCCGUGUGGAAUUCCAGAGGAAGUACUUCGAAGGCACAAGAUCGUACUUCGAAGGGACGGUAGUGUCAUAGCAAAAGCAGGAGCACCAAACGAUAGGAGCAAGUUCGAUAGCUCGUUCAAUGAGGACCUUAAUGUCUUACACGCGUACUCUCUAGUCACCAUGACAUCGAACGAUGAAACAUUCGAGAUGCAUGCGCUAGUGCAGUUCUGCAUGCGUGUCUGGCUAUCAUCUUCUAACGAUGCAGACCGGUGGCAGGGUCGAUUCAUACAGCUGAUGGCACAAGAGUUCCCCAGUGGAGAUUUUGAGACCUGGACAAAGUGCAAGCAGCUGCUUCCACACAUUGAAACGUUGUAUGAUGCUGAACCGGAUGCAGACGAUAUGGUAGAAAAGUGGGCGCAGGUGCUUACAAACGCUGCGAAAUAUCUUUGCAACAGAGGUAGUUAUCACACUGCACAAAUGGUAGCAACGAUAGCAGUCACGGCUCAAGAGCGUGUGCUCGGUCUGGACGACGAGGCGACACUAAGAUGCUUUAGCCUCUUAGCACGGGUGCUGCAAUACCAGGGAAAGUACGUUGAGGCAGAGAAGCUCCACCGAUGA